AUGACACUUGAUUCUAUAUUCAUAAAGCCUGCUAAGAAAACUCCCAUUUUGUUAAGGAUGAUAGUUUUAGUGUUUGCAAUGGUCUGCGGUGUUUAUAUCUGCUCAGUUUGUUUAAAGCAGAUAAGUACCCGUAGUAAAAUCAAAAUUCAAGAUAUCCAAGUCAUUGAGAGGCCGUUUCCUGAUGAUGACAAUGAAAAUCUGCAAAUUUCUAGUGUACAUUAUCCAAAUCCUGAAACUUUUAGCAGGGCUGAAUGUGCACAUAAUCCUGUACGGUAUUUUUCUAUAUUAUCGAUGCAAAGAUCAGGGAGUGGAUGGUUUGAAACAUUGUUAAACAGUCAUGUUAAUGUAAGCUCAAAUGGGGAGAUAUUUUCUGUUUUGGAUAGGAGGAGAAAUAUUUCAUCAAUUACGCAGACUCUAGAUAAAGUCUACAAUUUGGACUGGUUCACCAGCGCUUCCAAGAACGAAUGCUCUGCGGCAGUUGGCUUCAAGUGGAUGCUUAAUCAGGGAGUAAUGCAGCAUCAUAAGGAAAUAGCAGACUACUUCAACUGCAAGGGUGUAUCUGCAAUAUUUCUGUUCCGAAGAAAUCUACUACGUCGCAUGGUUUCAGUUCUUGCGAAUUCCUACGAUCGCCAUGCUAAGCUAUUGAACGGAACCCACAAGUCUCAUGUUCAUUCUGCAGAAGAGGCCGAAACACUUGCAAUGUACAAGCCUAUGAUCAAUUCCACACUGUUGAUUUCUGAUCUGAAGGAGAUUGAGAUCACAGCUACGAAGGCUUUAGAAUACUUCAAUAGCACCAGGCACAUUGUUCUGUACUAUGAGGAUCUCAUAAAAAGCCCUGCUAAACUUAAGGAUGUUCAAGCAUUUCUAGGCCUUCCAGUGAUGGAGCUAAGGAGCCGUCAGGUCAAGAUACACAAAGGUCCAUUAUCAGACCACGUGAAGAACUGGGAAGAUGUCAACAAGACACUGAAUGGAACCGCAUACGAGAGUUUCCUCCAAGUUGACUAUUAA